GCAAGUCAAGGGGCCAGUCAAGGGGCCAACCAAUCCCACUUCCUCUUUUCCCUAUGUUUCAUUUUCAUUAAUCUCACCUCUCAUCGCCGACACCCGUUCCUAUCUCUCCUCACUUCUCUUCUCCAAUCUCCACCACCAUGGCCGAGCAGACCCAAAAUCACAAACCCACAAGAAGCUAUUGGAGAUGGAGUAAACAAGACUUCUUUCCAGAAGAGUCUUUCCAGAACUUGGCUUCAUACAAAACUGCUCUUUCCCAUACAUGUUUCAGGCUCAAGGACCGUCUUCUGAACCGAUCCUCCGUUGCAAAUGAGAUGCUUCUUUUCCAGGAGAGUGAAAACGCCAUGAAAAAGUGCCUCACCUGGUGGGACUUGGUCUGGAUGAGCUUCGGCUCAGUUGUUGGAUCUGGCAUAUUUGUGAUCACUGGGCAGGAAACUCGUUACGAUGCCGGACCCGCCAUUAUAUUAUCAUAUGCUGUUUCGGGUUUCUCUGCAUUGCUUUCCGUGCUUUGUUACACCGAGUUCGCAGUUGAAAUACCCGUUGCAGGGGGGUCUUUCUCUUAUCUUAGAGUAGAAUUAGGCGACUUUGUUGCAUUUAUCGCGGCCGGGAACAUUCUCUUGGAGGCAAUUGUUGGUGCUGCUGGUCUGGCUCGGUCUUGGUCCUCCUACUUUGCCAGUAUGAUCAAUACAGACACCGAUUUUUUGAGAAUUCGGGUGAGUUAUUUUGCAGAUGGUUUCAAUCUAUUGGACCCAAUAGCAGCAGUUGUUUUGUUAAUUGCAGACGGUAUAGCCAUGAGCGGGACUAGGAGGACAUCUAUUUUGAACUGGAUCAGUUCUGUGUUGAGUUUUAUGGUAAUUUUGUUUAUUAUUGUAAUUGGGUUCAUUCGUGGCAAGACUUCAAAUUUGGUCCCCUUCUUUCCGUAUGGUGCAAGAGGGGUUUUCAGGGCUGCGGCAGUUGUGUACUGGUCCUAUACCGGUUUCGACAUGGUUGCGACCAUGGCUGAAGAAACCAAGAAUCCCACCAGAGACAUACCACUGGGUUUGGUUGGUUCGAUGUCAAUGAUCACUGUUGUUUAUUGCUUGAUGGCCUUGGUCCUUUCCAUGAUGCAAAAAUACAACGAGGUAGAUGCAAAUGCUGCUUAUUCGGUUGUGUUUGAAAAAAUUGGCAUGACAUGGGCUAAGUAUCUUGUUAGCAUAUGCGCCCUCAAGGGCAUGACCACGAGCAUGCUAAUUGGAGGCCUAGGGCAAGCUCGAUACAUGACUCAGAUCGCAAGAGCUCAUAUGAUUCCCCCCUGGUUUGCCCUCGUUCACCCACGGACCGGAACCCCCAUAAAUGCAACUCUACUCAUGGCCAUACCCGGUGCUACGAUCGCUCUUUUCUCUAGUUUGGAUGUCUUGUCUAGUAUUUUUUCAUUCAGUACACUCUUAAUCUUUAUGUUGGUCGCUGUUGCACUGCUCGUGAGGCGAUAUUAUGUGAAGGAUACCACUGCGAAGCGUGAUUUGGUCAAAUUUCUGGCUUGUUUAAUUGUUAUCAUUGGAUCAUCGAUUGGAAUAGCAGUGCUUUGGAAUUCAAACACGACAGAAUGGGUUGGAUAUGCAGUGGGAGCAUUUUUGUGGUUUCUCGGAACUUUGGGGAUGGGGUUGCUUCCAAAGCAGCGAGUUACAAAUGUCUGGGGUGUUCCACUUGUCCCCUGGUUGCCAUCACUGUCAAUUGGGAUGAACCUGUUUCUCAUAGGAUCACUGGGUUAUCAGGCAUUCUUGAGGUUCUUCAUUUGCAGUGCAGUAAUGCUAAUUUACUACUUUCUUGUUGGUCUCCAUGCAACUUAUGAUAUGGCUCGUCAGAAUCAACAAGCAUAAAUUCGAGAUGAGCUCCUGAAGCUCUGAAGGAGCUAAUGGAGAAAGGCUGUUGAACUGUUGUUGCAGAUGCGGUUCUGGAUUCUAGGCAGUUCAUUACAGGCAUUAUUAAUCCCUCAGGCACCAUGGUGGAGUUAAUUGGUAAUGGAAUGAAAAAAUAAGGAUUUAGUUCAGGUCAGGUCUAAUUCACUCCUGUCUCUUCUGUUCCAAACGUAGUAGAUGGCUUUCCCUGUUUCUUUUUGUCGGACUGGAUCAUUAAGUUGCUCAUUUUGCCAAGUGACCAACAAGGAUCACAAAUGGCCAAAGCCAAUUUGCUGCUUGA